AUGCAGUCCAUGUUCCGCCUCCCAUGGUGUAACGAGUCGCCUGGCGACAAAAUCAUGGAAAAGUCUGCCCUGCACAAGCAGAGGCCGCUGCCCGUCGUCGACAUGCCAGCCUUUAUGAGCAAGAUCAAGCGGAAAAGGACAGACAGCCCUGAGCCUUCGCCCGCGCACCAUGCGCAUGUAGUAAAGAAGUGGAAAGAUGCUCACGGUGACAUGAAGCCGGCGGUGCAAAGUGCACCUCCUGCUGCCUCUGCUGCUUCUGCCCAAGUUCCCGCCGACGCCAGACCAAAGGCGCUGCCUGCAACCAAGGAGAGCAAGAGCAGGCCCUCAGCCCCUCAGCAACGGCCCGCUCAACCAAACUCCACCACCACGCCUGCAUCUACUACUACUACUACCACCGCCAUGGACUCUGGCUUAACCCCUGUGCAGCAAGCUAUUGAGGCUCAAAUCAACUACGAGAUCUUGCUCAAGCACAACGAACUCCGUUUGAUUGAACAGGAGCUAGCUAAAUGCCAAGUCUCUCUGGAGCAACUCAGGCGCUGCUCCAUCAUUCCUUUCCCAGGCACCGAGGGUCUUGAUGUCAAUGUUAGCCUCGGCGUAGGUCCGUCUUUGCAGCCCAGUGCAGGCUACACUCAGCCCCAGUAUGCUGCACCUUGGGGAGUCACUGACGGUCCCUACACUCGCCACUACGCAAAAUGGCUCAUCUCGGACGUCAAGUUUGAUCCCGUCUCGGAGCGUGCACUCGCCCAGCAGGCUCAAGGUUACUUCGGCACUGGUGAGGGCAGGACGACGCGCGGCAGUUUUGCUGACUACGGCUCAGCUCACAGAGGCCGCACGUCGCGAACUUCGACUGGAAUGUUGAAGCUCACCCCUCUUGGUGAAACUCCAGCACCAGCGCCAAAGAUAGAUCCUCUCUUGCACAAGCGAUCUACAGACGGUCAGUGGGUGCGCCUCUACUGUGCUCAGUGCGGACAUAGCAACUUUUCAAACACUCAGGGCUUCCUCAACCACUGCCGUAUCAAGCAUAACCAAGUCUUCAAGAGCCACGAUGCUGCAGCUAUUGCCUGCGGUGUACCUGUCGAGUCCAAUGACGGGGCGAAUCCUGUUACUGCGAGUGAACCUGCCAGCCUGCCUGCAGCAACACCAGCAGUGUCCUUUCCUACUCCAGCCACUUCUGGUAUUGUUCACCCACUCGCAUCUCAGGCCGUACCUGUUGCACACGCACCACAAGUUCACCGUCAAUUGAAUGUUCCAUCGUCCAACGAGUCCAAAUCUGCUCCGCCUCCAAGUUCCAUCAAAACAUCCUCGACCCCUUACCUGGCAGCUCGUUUCCAAAACAGCGGUGCUCAAGGUGACUUCAAGGAGAUCCUGGAGACGGCCCGGUCCAAGAUUGAUCUGGAUGCGAUAGACACGUCGGAUGAUGACAGUGCAGACACUAGUGUUGCGCAGACCCCGGUAACAACCGUUGCUCCCCACCUAGCCCGUCUUCCUGCUAGUGCUCCUGCAAGCAAAACUCCAGCAAGGGCUGGCAGUAAGAAAGGUUCUCAUCCAAGCCAUGCGCGCCUUCCCAUGUCUCUCCCAUCUCCCAUCAAGCCCCAAGGACACGAUGACAUGCCACGCUCCCCUGUAGACCUCAGCCCUCAUACAGUUGAGUCUAAUCCGGGUCUAGUCAGCGAUCAUGAUGACGAUGAUGACGACGAUGCGGAUGAUGCGCACAGCCAACCUGACCUUGCUCUUGACACUCAUGUCAUGGUCGAGGACUCGAGCGACGUUGAAGGUGUGCAAGAACGUAGGGGCUCUCGGCAAGGAUUGCACGGGUGUUUUGAAAAGGGCGAGGGUAGUCGUGAGCAUUAA